AUGGCGGCCUCAACCGACGUUUCAGACCAUGCCAGCGACCCCGACUCUGUCGAACUGGUCAAUACCAUGUAUGUUGCCAAUAUCAUGGACGAGGACACUGUUGGCAGCGGUGCGGUCAAGACACCGGAAAUUACAAUUGACGGUCCGUCGAUACGACAAGCCUGCAUUACUCAUCAACCAAAAGAAGAUCUUCCAGACACGACAGCUACCAACGUCGAUAUCUUCGCGGGCUUAAACAUCGUCGACAAAGCCGCCCCUAGCGACAUGAAACUGGCACCAAAACAGCCCGUUCAAAUCCUCGCGGAGAAACGCGUUGAAGUUGCGCCCGGCGUCUUCGUUUGGUCCGAUACUCCGUUCUUCAUCGAAGUCCACAAGCCCGCCGUUAUCAAGGGAGUCGAGGUUCUGAACGAGAAGUUCGGAAAAGGCUGGAGCAAACUUCCCGAUGAGCUAAAGGUGAAGAUCUUGUCCUUCGACCCCGAACUCAACGACGAUAUCAGGCCGCGCGGCAAGGAGCACUGCUUCGGUCAUCAAAACGGUUGGAAGACGCUGAAACGUUAUCACGAGAUGGCCCCAGAGUUUGGCAUCCUUGCGACACAGAUUUUCUACAAGACGCAUCACUUCCAUAUCACUGGCGUAUGUACGCCAUCGGAUAGCAGCUCCUUCAGGCCUAUGUUCUUCCCCAAACCCAACGUCAAUCGCUGGAUUAAGGUGAUAACCUUGUGCAUACCACUGCAUAUUCGUGCUUGGACCUGGCUUGAGAAACUUGCCAGCGGGAGCUUGGGCUUUCAAGAUUUGCAGUACCUUGCCGUAGAAGUCUUCCAGACAGUGGAUUUCGUCGCUCUGGGCAGCACUCUGGUCGAUGUUCCAUUGCGAAUGCAGGUCUGCAACGAGCCGUUCGUGGACAAGUUCAUCGUGUUCAAGUGCAAAGGAAAGGUCAUAUAUACUUGCGAUGCAGGAUAUGACGACUUUUACGUGGACAUUAGCACAAAGAAGGACACGCUCGUAUGUGAGAUGGAGGAGUUGCUGCUGCGGAGGAUCACAUUCGGUUCCGGUAGCUGA